CAAACAUUAAACUUCUGUAACAAUUUCGGAAAUACAUACGGAUGGAUAUCUAUGGUUUUCUGCUCUGCUCAGUCCUUCUAUCAUUUUGUAUCCAUUACCUUCUUAGCACUGGAACAUUCAAGAAGAAGAGGCUUCCUCCAGGCCCGAUAGGCCUCCCAAUCCUUGGAAGCCUCCUCACAAUUGGUAACAGGCCCCCUGAAUCCCUAGCCAAGCUAGCCAAAAUCUAUGGCCCCCUCAUGACAGUGAAAUUCGGUAUGCUAAACGUCGUGGUUGCUUCGUCUGCAGAUAUGGCCAAAGAAAUCCUUCAAAAGAACGAUAGGGCUUUCAUCGGCCGGCCCACUCCAGAAUCAUUGGCCGCGGGAAAGUUCCAAGAUAUGUCAUUGGUGUGGUCGUCGGGCUUAAACCCGCACUGGAAAAAAGUUCGGAAAAUCUGCAACAUCCAGCUUUUCACAAAUCAAAGAAUGUACUCACUGCAAGAAUUGAGGCAUCCGGUCAUAAAAAAAAUGAUUGUACGAGUCAUUGAAGCCCGGGAAGCCCGAGAACCGCUUGACAUCGGGAGGUUAGCGUUUGGUGCCAUGUUGAACUUUUUAUCAAACACGAUGUUUUCAGGCGAUUUGUUUGAUAUGAAAUCGGAUGGGAUAAGAGAACUAAAAGAGCUGAUCGGUGAGUUAAUGGAUCUUAUGUUAAAGGCUAACGUUGCAGAUUUUUUCCCUUUCUUGAGGCCAUUUGACCCGCAAGGGAUCACGCGUGGGAUCACAGGAUUGCUCCAUAGAGUGCACAAACUCUUGGAUGAUAUCAUUGGGCAAAGGGUUAGGCGCAGGACGAGUGAUCAGUCGGACAGGUGCGGGGAUUUCUUGGAUGUUUUGCUUGAUCACACCGAAAUGCAUGGCCCCGAAGAACUUAACUACCAAAAUAUCAAGAUCUUGUUCCAGGAUUUAUUCGUUGCUGGCGCCAUGACCACCAGCACCGUCAUCGAGUGGGCAAUGGCGGAGCUCCUCCACAACCCGGCCAUCCUCACCAAGGUAAAACAAGAACUAUCCAACAAAAUCCCACCACGAGAACUCAUCCAAGAACAAGACAUUACCCACCUUCCAUAUCUAGAUGCAGUCAUAAAGGAAACAAUGAGACUGCAUCCCACAACACCGCUUCUGUUGCCCCACUACACCGAGGAAGAAGCUGAAAUCCAGGGCUACAUCAUCCCGAAACACACUCAGGUCUUCGUCAAUGUAUGGUCAAUAUUAAGGGACCCUGCUUACUGGGAUGAUCCAACUAUAUUCAAGCCCGACAGGUUUCUGAACUCUAGCAUUGAUGUUCAGGGUAAAGAUUGCAAGUAUAUCCCGUUUGGAGCUGGACGACGUAUUUGCCCUGGAUCCAACCUAGCGAUGAGAAUGGUGAGCCUGAUGGUAUCUAAUCUAGUGCAUGGUUUUGACUGGGAGCUGCCUGGUGGAUUGAAGUUUGAGGACAUGGACAUGACAGACGGGGUUGGAAUAGCACCGCAUAAACAUGAGCCCCUAGUGGUUAUUCCUGUAAAUGCUCAUUAAUUCUAGUUGAGGCUUUCUCAAUUGGAAAAUAUAGAAAAUACUACAAUAAAUGUUUUGACCGAGUGUUUGAAUUUAAAUAAUGUUAAUACACUGCGUA